CUUCGUUCCUCACCACCACUACCCCCGUCGUACAACCCUCCACGACCGACCCGCAAACAUGCGCACCCUCUCGCCAGUCCUCGCCUCUCUGGCGAACGUCUUCCGCAUCCCGAUCUCCCAGACGCCCACCCGCCCAGCCAUCAGCCGGAUCACCAACGAGGUCCUGAAAUCCUCCACCACUCCCAUCACCGCCGCCGCCGCCUCCUCCGCACGCGCCUUCUCCACGACCAACGCCCUCCUGAAAAGAAAAGAAGCCAACAAGGGAAACCAGAAGAUUACCCUAAUCCGCUACUUCCUCCACCACCCGCUCACCCCGCGCCCCCUCCGCUUCUCCCGCACGCGCUACCUCCGGCACUGGACCAUCCACCGCGCCUGGAACCUGUACCAGGCGAACCUGCGCCGCAAGAACGAGCUGGAGCUGCAGCGCCAGUGGCAGGCCAUGCAGUCUGCGUGCGAGGAGCUGCGCGUCGGCGCCGGCGACGGCGGAAAGCUCUUCCGCAAGAGCAUGAUCAAGACGGCUAUCUUUAAGGAUAUGUUCCCGAUUGAGUAUGGGCGUUUGCAGACUGAGGGGCCUUCGAAGGAGGGGUGGAAUCAUGAGUGGAAGAGGGAUUGAUUUGAUUGAUUUAGUUGAUUGAUACUUUCUUUUUUUUUCCCGGGGGGGUUGAUUGCGGUCGUGGAUGGAUGGAUGGAUGGAUGGAUGGAUGUGGGAGACUGGUCUCUUAUCUAGAGCUCUAGAGGGUUUGGAGGGGGUAUGUUUUAGUACCCUGAUUUUUUUUUAUCUAUGUAUCUAUCCAUGUGUGUUUGUGUUUAUUUGGUUUGUUGGGAUGUAUAAUAUGUAUCUUUUCUCUCUUUUUAUUGGGGAUUUGGAUUUGAAAGGUGGUG